CACUACUGUUACGCAAUGAAGUUGUAUGGGAUGUGAGAUACGCAGUUAUCAAGUCACAUGUUUUUCUUUCUGAAAGCUCCACCUUUCGUUGUCUGUUGGAAUUCUUCGAAUCAAUGGCAUCUUUAAAUGCACCCAAAACAAACCAGACAUCUACGGAAACUACGCUUCGUUCUCCUAUAAAAUUAGAUUUCGAUAAUUUGAAAAUUCCCAGCCCAAUUGUUACAAGACGCACCAGAACGAACUCAACAUCGGCAAGGGCUGGAGAAAAGCAGGAGUCGGGAAAAGUGAAAAUGUUUUGCAGAUCUAAGGGUCAUGGCUUCAUUACGCCCAAUGACGGUGGAGAAGAUAUUUUUGUACAUAUUUCAGAUGUUGAAGGGGAAUUUGUGCCACUGCCAGGGGAUGAGGUUCAGUACCGGCUAUGCCCCAUUCCUCCAAAGUUUGAAAAAUUUCAAGCAGUACAUGUUCAUAUUGUUAACUUGACACCUGAAGUUCAUGUGAGGUGGGAUUGUAAUGUUUGUGAAGAUCACAGUGAUCAUAAGUAAUAAUUUAAUCAUGAGUUUUAUCUGUAGAAAAUGAACAACUUUGUAAUGGUACUAGAGAUGUGUUUUGUUUGCCUCAAUUUUAUGGCCACUGAUUACACCAGAUAGUUUGCUGUAUUACUUCCAAAAAUUUUCCAGAGAUUUGUGAAUUGUCUACUUACUGUUUUCAAAUAUAAGUGUUAGUAUGUGGGGGUGAGAAUAAGAUGAUGAUCAGAAUUAAAUAUCCAUAUUUUGCUGGAUUUCUGAUAUAAUAAAUACACAAAUAUUAUGCAGUGAUAUGUCAGUGUUUAUAUUGGUGCUCAUAUUGUGUUGAUUUUUACUAGAGGUUUUGUGGGCAGCAUAAAUUUAUUUUAUAAGGGAAUGUCGAAUAUAUCUUAUAAUAGUUCAUUUUACCAGUGCUGUUUAAUACAUAUGUUUGCUCAUUUGUGACAUCAGUGUAAGUUAUUACUCUCUUUUUCGUGGACAUCUGCAGUGAGAUAUCAGUGUUUGUCAGUUUUGUACUUCAGUGCUUAAGAACUAUUUCCCACAAGACAGCUUGUCAAUGAAGAUUAUAUUUCAAUAAUUCAUUACUAGAAUUAAAGAUUGUGAUACAAGA